CGUCUUCUUCCUUUUUCUCUUGUUCUCCGAACAACACGAACAAACUCUCUGCUUCACUCCUUCAAAAACUGAACUCAGAUUCAAUUCAAAUUCAUCCAAUCCUCUUUGUGGGUUUUUUUUUUUUUACAAAAAUAGUAAGCGGAGGAGAUAAGGAUGCAAACCGAUGGUUCUGAAUCGCAGCCGCAAAAGCCGCAGGAGCAGAGUCAACUGCAGCAGCAGCCGCCACAGCCACAGCCGCAGUGGAUGGCGAUGCAGUAUCCUCCGGCGGCGGCGAUGCUAAUGCAGCACCAGAUGAUGCCAUCUCAGCACUUCGUCCCGCCGCCACCUCACCACUACAUGCCGUACACGCAGUACCAGCAUCAUCCCCGCCCCCACUUACAGCAUCCUCAGCAUCAGCAGCAGUCUCUGGGAUCUAUCGGCGAGAAUAGGACAAUUUGGGUUGGCGACUUGCAUCACUGGAUGGAUGAGAGUUAUCUCCAUAGUUGCUUUGCUUCCACUGGAGAGAUUGCAUCCAUUAAGGUUAUUCGCAAUAAACAUACUGGUUUGUCAGAAGGUUAUGGCUUUGUGGAGUUUUUUACACAUGCAACUGCUGAAAAAGUUUUGGAAAACUAUAGUGGCAUUUUGAUGCCUAAUACAGAACAACCCUUUCGCCUGAAUUGGGCAAGUUUUAGCACAGCUGAAAAGCGUUCAGAAAAUGGUCCCGAUCUUUCUAUCUUUGUUGGAGAUUUAGCUGCAGAUGUUACCGAUAGUUUGUUGCACGAAACUUUUGCUAGUAAAUAUCCUUCUGUUAAAGCAGCAAAAGUUGUAAUUGAUGCCAAUACUGGUCGAUCAAAAGGCUAUGGUUUUGUGAGGUUUGGAGAUGACAAUGAGAGGACACAGGCCAUGACGGAAAUGAAUGGUGUAUUCUGUUUAAGCAGGCCUAUGCGCAUUGGUGCUGCAACACCCAGGAAGUCGACUGGAUAUCAACAACACUAUUCCUCACAAGGUACUUGGUUAUUCUUUUACAAUGCUUCUGUUUACCGAUACUCCCAAUUUGUUAUCAUUUGUUUAAGGACUUGUUAUCAUUUGUUUAAGGAUCUGUAGCUAAGAAAUAUACUCACCCAUCUUUCUUCUUGGACACUUUUUUCCCCUAAACAAAUGUUUAUUCUUCAGAAUCUUCAACCCCUGCCUCUCUGUCCUGGACACCCUUUUUCUCAUCUUGAGGAUCCUUUGAAGUUGCCCAUGUGUCCCAUGUUGAUAAAUCUUGUUGGAAAAGAUACUCACAAGUCACAACUGAAAUCUUAGCUUGCCCUUUCCCUAUGAAAUACCUUGCCAGUGACUUCUGGUAAGAUAAAUUUGGCGUGGCUGCUUAAGUUGUUUAAAGUUUUUGUGUCCCCAGCUAUUUGGUUUCCCUUUUUAGGCAAUGGUUUUUUGGUAUUACUACCUCUGUUUUUGUUGUGUGACUAAAGUAGGCAGAAAGUU